AUGCCCGCAUGUGCCUGGGGACGACCUGAGGAGGAGGGGGAGCCAAGUAGUGCUGGUGGGGAGGGGAGGGAUUACCAUGCCCGCAUGCGCCUGGGGGCGACCCGAGGGGGAGGGGGAGCCAAGGAGAGCUGGGGUGGGGGGGGAAGGAGCAUGGGUGGGGAGAGCAGGGGGGGAAGUGGGGAGAAGAGGAAUGGGAUCAUGGAACGAGAAGAGGAAUGGGAUCAUGGAACGAGAAGAGGAAUGGGAUCAUGGAACGAGAAGAGGAAUGGGAUCAUGGAACGAGAAGAGGAAUGGGAUCAUGGAACGAGAAGAGGAAUGGGAUCAUGGAACGAGAAGAGGAAUGGGAUCAUGGAACGAGAAGAGGAAUGGGAUCAUGGAACGAGAAGAGGAAUGGGAUCAUGGAACGAGAAGAGGAAUGGGAUCAUGGAACGAGAAGAGGAAUGGGAUCAUGGAACGAGAAGAGGAAUGGGAUCAUGGAACGAGAAGAGGAAUGGGAUCAUGGAACGAGAAGAGGAAUGGGAUCAUGGAACGAGAAGAGGAAUGGGAUCAUGGAACGAGAAGAGGAAUGGGAUCAUGGAACGAGAAGAGGAAUGGGAUCAUGGAACGAGAAGAGGAAUGGGAUCAUGGAACGAGAAGAGGAAUGGGAUCAUGGAACGAGAAGAGGAAUGGGAUCAUGGAACGAGAAGAGGAAUGGGAUCAUGGAACGAGAAGAGGAAUGGGAUCAUGGAACGAGAAGAGGAAUGGGAUCAUGGAACGAGAAGAGGAAUGGGAUCAUGGAACGAGAAGAGGAAUGGGAUCAUGGAACGAGAAGAGGAAUGGGAUCAUGGAACGAGAAGAGGAAUGGGAUCAUGGAACGAGAAGAGGAAUGGGAUCAUGGAACGAGAAGAGGAAUGGGAUCAUGGAACGAGAAGAGGAAUGGGAUCAUGGAACGAGAAGAGGAAUGGGAUCAUGGAACGAGAAGAGGAAUGGGAUCAUGGAACGAGAAGAGGAAUGGGAUCAUGGAACGAGAAGAGGAAUGGGAUCAUGGAACGAGAAGAGGAAUGGGAUCAUGGAACGAGAAGAGGAAUGGGAUCAUGGAACGAGAAGAGGAAUGGGAUCAUGGAACGAGAAGAGGAAUGGGAUCAUGGAACGAGAAGAGGAAUGGGAUCAUGGAACGAGAAGAGGAAUGGGAUCAUGGAACGAGAAGAGGAAUGGGAUCAUGGAACGAGAAGAGGAAUGGGAUCAUGGAACGAGAAGAGGAAUGGGAUCAUGGAACGAGAAGAGGAAUGGGAUCAUGGAACGAGAAAAUGGUGGUGA